AUGGCUACUGGUCACAAGAUUAUUAUUCUAAAAAAUGACAAGACUCGUUUUACUGCAAAGUGCGCAAAAAAUCAUUGUGGUUGGAGGAUUCACUUUGGACCUGUCAAUGGUGACAUUUAUCGGUUCGUGAUGAAAGAUUCUAAUGUUAUUCACAGAUACAGACGUACUUUGAUGUCUGCAACAUGUGUCAAUGGAGACAAUGGUUUUUACCCAUUUGCUUUUUCUCUUGUUUCUUCUGAAAACAAAGACAAUUGGUUUUGGUUUCUGGAGAAUCUUAAACAAGUUUUCGAUGGUCGUCAAAUUUGUAAUCUCCCCAUUGGAUUGGGUGAUGUGAAUUCGAAGGUUGUUAUUGAUUUGUUUUACAAAGCUACUUACUCUUACACAACAGCUAACUUUGAAGAAGCUUUUAGGGGCAUGCAUGCAAUUGGAUGUGGACAUGUUGCUAACUAUAUCAAGAAUAUUCCAAAGGAGAAAUGGGAAAAUGCAUUUUUCCCUAUAUGCAUAUAUAGUGCUCACUCUUCAACUCUUUCUGAGUCGUUCAACAACUGGAUUCUUGAUUUCAAAAAGUUGCCUGCUUUUGCUCUUCUUGAUGCGAUACGUUUGAAGGUUAUGAAGAUGAAUUCUACGAGAAGGGUAGAAGGUCUAGAAACUUUCAACACCAGGCUCACUCCCACAUUUGAGGCUUUACUAAAGGAAAACAUCGACAUUGGUCGUACUUGGACUGUUACUGAGUCCAUGGAAAGAUUGUAUGAAUUCGCAUCACCCCAGACUCAUUCUGUAGGUUUAUUGCAGAAAACUUGUACAUGUCACAGGUUGCGAGUUAAUGGUUUUCCUUGCGCACAUGCUUGUAGUGCCAUUCAAGCUACGAGGGAGGACAUCUAUUCAUUUGUUGAUCCAUACUUCACCACUGAAUGGUACAACAAGACAUACCAGGAGAUCAUCUUGCAAAUCCCCAAUUAUGACAAACCGCAGGCUUAUGAUCCUAGUGAUAGGAUUAUUGUUCCUAUUCCUGUUCCUCCACCUGGUAGACGAAAAGCACAGCGUUUCAAGAAUGCUUGGGAGAAGCAAAAGAGACCUAUGAUGUGCACAAAGUGCUUCACCCUUCACCACAACAGAGCUACCUGA